UUAUAAAUCACAAAAUAAGCCUUCGCAGGCAAUUUCAAAUGUGGCUGGCGCUUUCGAAAACCAAGUGCUCUCGGCUGCUCGGAUUCUGCGCUCUGUGGCGACGGGAGCCGAAAGGACCUGAAAGGACGAGGCUUGCGACUUGUGAAUGGCGCCCGGAGCAAGGAAACGAGCCAGUUGGUAUGGCGAGAGGGACGGAGAGAGGGCCAGGAGAGCAAGGAUUCAGCAAGGAGCAGGCGGCGCGAGUGAGAGCGAGCCAUUCGUGAAUAUUUCAUGAACGAUGGCAGCGAUGGCAGCCAGCUUCGUGCCGCCGUUUAACCGAGCUCCACGCCGCCGAAGAGAAAUGUAGGGAAACGCAUCCCGUCGUCGUCAUCGGCGGCAGAGGCAGCUGUAGCAGCAGCGGCAUCGGCAGCGGCGACAGCGAUUUUCCUAGCAGCAGCGGCAGCGGGAAAAUCGGCAGCAGGAAAAUCGGCAGCCUUUCUGCCGUCGUUGCAGUGGCAGCAGCGCCUCCGAAUUUUGGCCAAUGCGUGUGCUCCUGGCGUUCAGUAAGAAAAGCGUCGCCCAGCGGUCUAGUACGAACGUAUACCGAACGCUUUGUAUAUCCUGUAAAUUAUAUCCUGUGUGUGCGAUUGAUCACGUCUGCCUGUAUAUGUAUGUGUAGUACAUAAAUAGAGUAACCAGCCAGCACGAAAAGUGAAAAUACAUAGAGGCAAAGCGAGGCGAGAGCAUAUUUCAUAAGUUUGCACUCCGCACACAUAGAAAGCAGCGGCGAGAGCCAGAGAAAGCUGGCGACAAAGGCUAACGCACGACCUUUGGCACCGAGUUCACAUCCUGCGGAGGGGUCAGCAGCGAAUCAAUAAAGACAAAGCCAGAGCAACUGCAUCCCCAAAUACAGCAAACCAACACACUUCGCGUCCACAUCGAGUCCAAGCGACCAAAAUUCACUCGCAAAUUAUGCUGACCAUGUCGACCCUGAUGAUGCCAGCACCAACCAUAGCCAUGGGUGCCCCGCAGAUCACAAUGGGUCCGCACAAGCCGCCGGAAACGAAGCUGCUGGCCAUCCAUCCCGCUGCAGCGGCCGCAGCAGCCGCCCAGCAGCAGCAACAACAGCAGCAGCAACAGCAGUCGGCGGUGACAGCUGCUCAUUUGCAGCACAAUGGCCAGCAGCAGCACUCGCAGCAGCAACAGCAGCAGCAAAUGUCGCAACAGCAACAGCAACAGCAGCAGCAGCAGCUCGUGGGCAGCAACUCCAAGCCAGAACAGUUUCACAUUUUUGUGGGCGAUCUGAGUGCCGAAAUCGAAACGCAACAGCUGAAAGAUGCAUUCACCCCAUUCGGAGAAAUAUCAGACUGCAGAGUUGUGCGCGAUCCGCAGACGUUGAAAUCAAAGGGCUAUGGCUUUGUCAGCUUUGUCAAGAAAUCGGAGGCGGAAACCGCCAUCACUGCAAUGAAUGGCCAAUGGCUGGGCUCGCGCUCGAUACGCACAAAUUGGGCCACACGAAAGCCGCCGGCAACCAAGGCAGACAUGAACGCCAAGCCGCUGACCUUUGACGAGGUCUACAACCAGAGCAGCCCCACCAAUUGCACUGUCUACUGCGGCGGCAUCAACGGAGCCCUCUCCGGUUUCCUCAACGAGGAGAUCCUGCAGAAGACCUUCUCGCCGUACGGCACAAUACAGGAGAUAAGGGUCUUCAAGGACAAAGGAUAUGCAUUCGUGCGCUUCUCCACCAAGGAGGCGGCCACCCACGCCAUCGUGGCCGUUAACAACACGGAGAUCAACCAGCAGCCGGUGAAGUGUGCGUGGGGCAAGGAGAGUGGCGACCCCAACCACAUGUCGGCCAUUGCCGGUGGGGCCUUGGCCCAGGGAUUCCCCUUCGGCUCGGCGGCUGCGGCGGCCGCAGCGGCUGCCUACGGACAGCAGGUGGCCGGAUACUGGUACCCGCCGGCACCCACAUAUCCGGCGGCAGCACCCGCCAGUGCCCUCCAGCCAGGACAGUUCCUGCAGGGCAUGCAGGGAUUCACCUACGGUCAAUUCGCCGGCUACCAGCAGGCAGGAUACAUGGGAAUGGGCGUCCAGCUACCUGGCACCUGGCAGAGUGUGCCGCCCCAGCCUCAGUUGGCUAGUGCAGCGGCUGCCACUGCGCCGCAGAUCACACAGAGUGUUGGCAGCGCAUUGCCGCAGGCGGCCGGAGUGGUCGCCUAUCCGAUGCAGCAGUUCCAGGUCAGUCCACAGCUGGCGGAGGAUGAGUGGCUGGCGCCCAGUCUGCUCGUGUAGCUGCCAUGAGGGAUGGCCAUGUAUCCCACACAGCAGCACCAGCAGCAGCAACAGCAACAGCAGCAACAGCAGCAGCAGCAUAUG